UUCUUCUUCUUCUUCUUCUUCUUCCUCGCCCAGCUCCCUCCAAAACCCUAACUUUCACCCCCGCCCACCGCACCUCCAUGGCAGCGGUCGCCUGCUAGAUUUGUGAGUGUUUGUGCCGGGGUUUCGGAGUGUUUGCGCGGCGGCGAAGGCGGAGGCGGAAAUGACGUCCAACAAGUUCGAUCUCCUCGACGACGUCGACAGCGACGACCACUCGCAGCUCAUCGCCGCCGCCGAGAAGAAGGCGGCCGCCAAGCCGGCCGCCAAGCUGCCCACCAAGCCCCCGCCGCCAGGGCAAGACGGGAGGAGCUUCCGGGACGGGGCCGGGCGCGGGCGAGGCGGCCGCGGGGGCAGGACCGCCGGCCCGAGGCGGGACUACGGCGACGCCGACGCCAACGGCUUCCAGGGCGGGUACGGCGGUGGUGGAUUUGGGGGCGGCGGAGUGGCCCGUGGCGGUGACGAUGGCGAGGGGAGGGUCCGGGGCCCGCGCCAGCCGUACCGCGGAGGCGGCGGCCGCCGCGGCGGGUACGGCGAGGGGCAGGCCGCGGACGAGUCCGGGCGGCCGCACCGGCCCUACGAGCGCCGCAGCGGCACGGGCCGGGAGUACGGGAUGAAGCGCGACGGGGCUGGCCGCGGCAACUGGGGAACCGCGACUGAUGAAGGCCUUCCGCAGGAGAAUGUUGAGGCGGUUAACACUGAAGAGGCUCCUGCGGUGACUGAGGAUGAGAAGAAGCCUGAGGAUGCGCCGCCGACUGAGGUUGAUGAGAAGGUCAAGGAGGGUGCUGAGAAGGAGGAGGAAGAAAAGGAGGCUGAGGAGGAUAAGGAGAUGACUUUGGAGGAAUAUGAGAAAGUACUUGAGGAGAAGCGGAAAGCUUUGCUCGCACUAAAGGCUGAGGAGAGGAAAGUUGAGGUUGACAAGGAGCUGCAGUCCAUGCAACAACUUUCAGUUAAGAAGGAUGCUGAUGAAGUCUUUAUCAAGCUGGGAUCUGACAAGGACUCGAAGAAGAAAGAAAAUUCAGAAAGAGAGGAGCGUGCCAAGAAGUCCGUCAGCAUCAAUGAAUUCCUGAAGCCGGCUGAAGGCGAGAGGUACAACAGCCCUGGUGGCCGGGGGCGAGGCCGUGGCCUCAGGGGACGUGGUGAGCCACGCGGUGGGUACAACGGCGGCGGUGUCCGGCGACAAGCCCCUGCUCCAGCGAUCGAAGACCAGGCCCAGUUUCCAACUCUAGGUGGGAAGUGAAGGGGUUACCCUGAUCCAACUAGCAGCAGCUCGGUUCACUACAAACUUAGUUGUCAGUAGUGUAUUGUUGCUUCGCCUGUCUUUUAUGUCCCGCUGUGUCGUUGCCAUCCGUGUGUCCCGUGUAUACCCGAGGUGCACCCACCAGUCAUUCUGUUUUUCGAUAGGACAACAACAUGUAUGAGAUGUUUUUUCUGCUGCACUUACUGCUGUCUGUGUGCUUGGUUUAAUGGUUUUGCCCAGCUGAGAAUUAUAUCA